AUGCGCAUUAUGACUGCUCUCCCAUUUUCGCUCCUUGCUGCUGUCACGGCCGUAUCUGCGUCUGCUGUCGUCCUUUCUCGUUCGGACAGUACGGCUACACAGAAUUUGGCUCCUCGACAAUCGGGUAUUUCAGCCUUACAAUGCACGUUAAUGCUAGAGCCAGUUCAGUGCUGCCAAGAGGUCGAGCUGUUUUCCGUUGUUUCCGGCCUAAUUGGACCCAUCCUUUCCGAUCUAGGUAUCCCGCUGCCCGGUCUAAGCACUGUCGUAGCAUUUGAUUGUCAGCCCACCUUGUUAGGUCUCGGUUGCUCGGAAGACACGCUAUGCUGCUCUCUCGUUGUUCCGAAUCAGGAUAUUGGCAUAAAUUGUCAACCAGUUCAGCCAAUACUUCGGUCUUGAGUUGUGCUUAUCGUAUGCUCGGGUCCAAGCAUUCGCACAAAUAUGAAGUCAAACUGUUUCUUGAAGUUGCUCGUACGCAUCGUGGAGAUCGGAGUGUAACCUAGGGUGUUUUUUUCUUCUCUUUGUCCAAAGUGUUCUGGAUUACUGUAGUGUUCAUAAAAGCUGUGAAGUUCACC